AUGCGAACUGCGAAGGAUCUUCUAUUAGCGGUUUGCCUAAUGACGCUUGUGGACAAGAUUCACAUCCAUGUUGCUUGCCAUAGCAGGCUUCGCGUGCACGUUUCAGCUAUGGCUUGUUGCCUUUGUAAUGUCAACGAUUCGACGCCCAUCAGCCAUGAUAGAAACGACCGUACAUGGUGA